UUCAUUAUAGUUACCAACGCCUCUGUUCUCUCUCUCAUGCAUUGCCAAAUCCUCUCCCAUUUGCCCAUUUAAACCCUUCAAUCUCGGCAAAUCAUCCUCACUUCUGAGCUUCUCUUCUCCUCUCCUCUCUCUGUGUAUUCGUCUGUGUUGUGUUAACAAGAACUAAAUCCAACCAUGGUGGUUCUGUCACAAUCAGCAUUAGAACAUUUCCCUGUAAUCAAAACUUACAAGUCUUCAAGCUGCUUAUUCCCUGGAAUUCCAGUGAUAGACAUCAAGCACCCUGAAGCCAAGUCCCAUAUAAUAAAAGCCUGUGAAGAAUACGGCUUCUUCAAGCUCAUUAAUCACGAUGUUCCAUCGGAGUUCAUCGACACUUUAGAAGACGAAGCUGUUAACUUCUUUAACCUCCCUCAAUCUGACAAAGACCAAGCCGGACCUGCUGACCCUUUUGGCUAUGGCAACAAAAGAAUCGGCCUCAAUGGUGAUGUUGGCUGGAUUGAAUUUCUCCUCCUCAACACCAAUCCCCAAAUCACUUCCCGGAAAACACUCGCCGUUUUCCAACAUAGCCCACCAAAUUUCCGGAAUGCUGUGGAGAAGUACAUAGCGGAAGUGAAGAAAAUGGCAUAUGAAGUGUUGGAAUUAAUGGCUGAUGGGCUAAAAAUAGAGCCAAGGACUGUGUUGAGUAAGCUAAUAAGGGAUGAAAAAAGUGACUCCUGUUUCAGGCUAAACCACUACCCACCAUGCCCAGAAUUGCAAACUUUAACUGGAACAAAUUUGAUUGGCUUUGGGGAACACACAGACCCUCAGAUAAUUUCUGUGCUAAGAUCCAACAACACUGCAGGAUUUCAAAUCUGUUUAAGAGAUGACACCUGGGUUUCUGUCCCACCUGAUCACUCUUCCUUUUUCCUCAUUGUUGGUGAUGCUCUGCAGGUAAUGACUAAUGGGAGAUUCCAAAGUGUUAAACACAGAGUGUUGGCUGAUGACUCGAUGAAAUCAAGGAUUUCAAUGAUUUUUUUUGGAGGGCCGCCUUUGAAUGAAAAGAUAGUGCCUUUGCCAUCUCUGGUUUCAAAGGAAGAAGAUUGCUUGUACAAGGAAUUUACUUGGAGUGAAUACAAAUAUUCAGCCUAUAAGUCCAAAUUGGCUGAUUAUAGGCUUGGCCAGUUUGAGAAAAAUGUUGGUUUGACCAAAACCAAAUUUCCCCAUUUUAGCAAAAAUUAGGGUUUAAUAGUUGACUCAGUUUGCCGUAGCUGGGAUGGAAUAUAAUAUAGCCUGUACUUUCUCUUUUUUAAGUCUACUUCUUCCUCUUUAUAUGUGAAAUUGCUUAAAUGCCCUCUACAUAU